AACGUCAAUAUGGACCCUUCUCAAUGGCUCAACUUUUCACUUCCCCCUCGUCGACAACAGGGACCGACCAUACCACGACGAAGCAAACGUGGAGAAGGUUGGAAAGGUGGUGUCUUGAGUAGAGAAAGAUAUGUUCAAGCGAACUUUAGGUUUGUUUUGAAACCGACGGAGGUUUUGAGUUAUGGUGCUCAUUCCGCUGAUCCUGAUAUCUCCCUCCAUUGGCCACAUAUUCUUCAGGUUCUCGUACCUACUUUCUCGGCCUUUUCAGUCGCUCAAGGACACGUACCCAUAGAACGACAAGGUCGGAUGUGUCCCAUUUGUCUAUCGAAACCGGUGGCCCCUCGAAUGACAAAAUGUGGGCAUAUCUUCUGUUUUCCUUGUAUUCUCCACUUUAUCCGAUUGUCCGAGAUACCAAAAUUCGCCAAAUGUCCUAUUUGCGGUGAUACCAUUCAAGAAGGUAUGCUGAAGAGUGUUCGAUAUCUUGAACCUGAGCCUCCACAAGAAGGCACAGUUGGGGACAUGAAACCUUCUGAGCAACAUCUUCCCAGUUGCACGGACGACCUACAUGUGGCAAAUUCACCUCGAGGGAAUCUCAUCCACAUGCGUCUCGUUCAACGCCCCCAAAUGACCACCAUGGCAUUACCUUCCUCCCUUACCUGGCCAUCCGAAUCCCUUCCUCCUCUCACAGCCCCGUGGUAUUUCCUGCCUGACGUCUUAGCUUAUUCGAGGUUCAUGCUGGCCUCGCCUGAAUACAUGUUGGCGGAGUUGCAGCGUGAGCUGGACGAGUUGCAAGCGGAGUGGGAUCUUUUACGUGGGGAUGAACUGGGAAGGGAUUUUGUCCGUGUGGCCAGGGAAAAGGUACAGAGACAGGUGAUGAAAGUGCAUGGGGAGUUGAAGACGAGCUCCGUGGAGAAGGAUGAGCGUAGAUGUAGGGAGAUGUGGAAUGAGGUUGUUGCUGUGCCAUCGCCCCGCAGACCUGUCAAUCCUUCAAACUUUCAAUUCUUUAACAAUCAUCCCGAGGUAUCCAAGCUUGGCGACUCAUCCGGAUCUAAUCAUCAAGAUAAUGAGAAGGGUCUAUCCAAAGUUGACUCCGAAGUCAUCCCUCCCAAUCGUCCUGUGCAACCCAACCCCAUGCCCCAUCUCGCAGCUCAAAUGCAAGUAGGGGGAGGAAAGAAGAAUCGUCGUCGAAACCCACCCAUCAAUCCUAUCUCUCAAGCACCAUCUUACCACUUUUACCAAUCUUCUCUCGGAGCAAACGUCUUCCUCCAUCCACUGGACAUUCGUAUCCUUCUCGCACACUACAAAUCUUACUCGUUAUUCCCGCCUCGGAUAUCUUUCUCGUCAUCUGGUUUUGAUUCGGAGACAAUGACGGAAGAACUUCGACGUCGUGCGAAAUAUCUUGGACAUUUACCUUUAGGUUCAGAGGUGGUGUUUGUCGAAGCGGAUUUAGAACCUUUAGUGGGGAAAGAGACUUUGGGGAUGUUUGAACAACCCCUAAAAGCUCGGUAUACCAAAAGAAAGGAGAGAACGAAGAAAGAAGAUAGGGCUAGGAGUAAAUGGGAGAAAGCGGAGAGGGAAAAG